CGGCGACGGCGACGACGACGCCGCCGCCGGGCAGCGGGAAGAGGACGGACGCACGGCGGUGGCAGCUGUGGCGCGGUGCGACGCUGCCGCAAGAGACGGCGGUGGUCGCGUGCGGGCAGGAGAAGUUGCGGUCGGGUGGGGAGAUCGCGCGGGCCGCGCGGAGACCGCCCCGGCACGCGUGUGGGAGGAUGACGGGCGGUCGGCUGAUGGCGCAGAGGCGGCUGUCGGCUCGCCGCGCCUGCCGGGCCACGCGGGCGACGCCGCGGGUACGCCGGGCGACGGUGUUGCCGCGUGCGCGAGGGCAACGGUCGGGCCUGGUGACGAGAGCGACGCCGGCGCGCCAGAGCGCGACGUGGGAAAAAGCGCCGCCUGUUGUGUGGAAGCUACAAGAGAAGCCACCAUUUUUGCGAAAUCCGACACGUUUAGCGACAACCGCAACAACAACAACAGCAGCAGCGGUAGCAGCAGCAGCAUCUAUUUUUCAUCAGAAAUAUCUCACAUCGGGCACCAAUGUCAUCCUCCAAUGCCUUUUUCGGGGACGGCUCUAUCAAGGGACAACAAAACGGACCACGUUCCAAGCCUUAAUCAUUCCAGAUCCGCUGCCAGGAUAACACUGAGUUCCUGUCAGGCCACCAGCGCCGUUACCACGAUGUUCGGAGCGCAAACUGUCAGCACCUGUGCGCACAAUUUCCAGACCCCCCAGGAACGAGACUGCCGAGAUUUCGUUGCCCAAUUUGAGCGUCUCUGCAGGAGUCUUGAGGGGCAGCCAACGGCGGAGGAGCGGUCAGCCGAGAGCGCCGGCAGACCCGUUCUCACCGCGGUGCAGAACUCCUCCGAGACGCGACCUGCUGCGCUUUCCCCGGACGGAAAAUAUGCAAUCGGAGGAAAGCGUACUCCCGAUUCGCCAUCCGCGCGCAUUCCCAAUGAUGCUGGGCUGGCCCACGGUGCCAGCACGUGGCCUUUGGCCAGCAGCGAAAGUCGCUGUCACGAAGUCGCGGCGAACGGCGAAGAGCGGCGGGCGCCGAGCGACCGCCACGACGCGGGUGCGCCGUCGCUGACGCACCGCGACGAUUUCCAACAUUCAAAGCCGGCGGAGCUGGCGACUUGUGCCGAACCCUCGGAGGGCGAGGAGGCACGCAGGCGUACGCAUUCAGGCGAGCGUACAAUCACCGUCGGAGAAAGCCAAGGGGGCAAAUGCCCGCUGACAGACACGGCUACGCCUAAUGAAUUCCCUCUUACUGAAGGUCACGAAAGGUCACCGUCGGCGGAGCAUCUCCUCUCCCCGUUGCCAGAUCCCACCGCCCCAGGAGCAAAACGGCAACGCGCGGACAGAACGGAGCUCGCUCAGGCAAGCUCCGUGGACCUUGGCGAGCCACCCUUGUGUGGCCCGCAGUGCCGGGGUGAGGAGGGGGACGACGAGGAAGCAUUCCGGGGUCGACGGCAACCCGAGCUGACGGCGCGAUCUACGGCGACGAGGGGUCGCGACGAGGUGCUCGCGAGCGCGACCCCUCCGGAUGCUGGGCGGCCGUCUCGUGAGACAGUCGAGGAACGUCUCGAAAGUCCGCCUGCGGAGAGGGAACGGUUGAGUGUGGGACGCGGGGCGGAGGAGCUGGCAGAACGGCUCGGGGUUGCUUUUGUGGAGAAGAAACGGUUGAAAGGUGGACGUGAUGCCGAGGAGAUGGAGGAAAGGAUCAAAAUUCCCUUCACAGAGAAGCAAUGGGUGAGAGUUGAACACGAGGCUGAGGAGUCGGAGGAAAAGCUCCAAUUUCGCUUUGCGCAGGAGGAUUGGUUCAAGGGUGGACACAGCUCUGAGGAGCGAGAGAAAAGGACGGAGAAGGACGCGUUGACUGGUGAACAUUGGACCGUGGUCGAGUCACAUCAUGAAAGCAGCAGCAGCAGGAGCAUAACGGUCGAGGCUGAACGAUCCGGUCGACUGGACGUGUGGGGGCAUGACGCAGAGCCCCAGGGAGAUGGCGGAGACAAGCGCAGGGACAAGGAGACGCUCUGGGACCUGCUCCAUCGAACCGGCGACGUUAACGAGCGCAGGAGGAUCCGUGCCGCCAUGCGGGACGUGGGCCGGGAGUCGCGAGCCACGCGGUCCCCGGUGACCGACAAGCGAGCAACGGAAGAGCGAUGCGACAGAGGAGACAAGCUUUCGCUCGCCCACUUGGCAAGCUCCGUGGGCUAUCCACCGGGCACCCCUCUCUCUGGACUGGCGCGGUCGGCCAGCGCACUGGCCUGGCGCGGCGGUGUCGGCACACACCUGGGGAGUCCGAUGGCCGACAUCGGCCCCCUCCAUCGCCGUCCCUGCCUUAGCGCCGUGCACGAAACGCCCCGAAGCCUUGGGCAGGCCCGGACAAGAAGCCUAAGAGGCGAUUCGCCAAGUGGAAGCCACACGAAGCAGCCUGCGACUGUUGACGGGGCUUCGCGCGGUUGGGACUCAUUGCGUCAUCAGCGUGGCGACCAAACGGCGAAGCCGGAGCAUUCGUCCUGCGGUGGCACGAACGCGAGUCCUCUCGGCUGCCGGGCGCAGGGCCCUUCUGGAAGGAAGGACGGCAGACUCGGGCCCGGCGGCCAGGGAACUCCGCUGCAGCGCUCGGCCAGCGUGAUGUCUCCCGGCAACGUGAUGCAGCUGACGCUCGAGUGGUGCAAGACGCGCACGGAGAACUAUGCGAACGUGAGCGUCAGGAACUUCUCGUCCAGCUGGUGCGACGGCAUGGCGUUCUGCGCCCUCGUGCACAGCUACUUCCCGGAGGCGUUCGACUUCGCCGAGCUGAGUCCGCAGAACCCGCGGCACAACUUCCAGCUCGCCUUCACCUGCGCCGAGCGUUUGGCCCACUGUGACCCUCUACUGGACGUGGAAGACAUGAUCAUUAUGGGGAAUCGGCCCGACUCCAAGUGCGUCUUCACGUACGUGCAAUCCCUCUUCAACCGCCUCCGCAGGCUGGAGCUACUAACGAGGUCCGUCAAUCAGGGGAAUUAGGGGCCUCGACGGCGACGUAAUUGGGAAUCUUUACGGCAAAGCGCGGCUUGCCGACGAACGAUGUUGCGUUGCUCUGGUGAUGCGGGUGAGGCGCGCGCUCGUUGUGGGGGGGGGGGGGGGGUGGUUGUGGUGACGUCUGCGGUUGUGGCCGUGUAGCUCUCUCCGGUCUGUUAUUCGGGUCACAGCUUCGCGUCUUGUUGUUGUGGUUGUUGUUGUCGUUGUCGUCGUUGUGGUUGUUGUUGCUGCUGCUUGGUGCGACGUCCCGACGCUCCGCUCCACGUGCUGGAAGGAGCUCCUUCAGUUCGGCGAAACGUCGGACAUCAUGCCGAGCAACACGCGGUGCAAGCCCCCGGCAAACACGACAGGAGGGGGUUGACGUUGGCGUGUUCAUUUUUUGUUUCACGGGCAAUACGACUCACCGCGCAUGAGGCAGGUGUGGCACUACCACCACCACCCCACCGUGUCUAAACACAAGUGUCCUGAUAGUCUACAGACACUUCAAUUGGGAAGUGGCUAAAACGGAAAUAAUUCUGUAUCCCAGCCACCCACACACCGACCACCCCCCCCACCCCCCCCCCCCCUCCAGCAAAAAAAUAAAAAUCAGGAGAAAGCUGGAAUAUGGACUCUUCAGUUCUCCCGGCAUGUGGAGCAAAACGUCGGACAUCGUGCCAAGCAACAGCCAGCGGCACAACCCGACAACCGUGGAGCUGUCCCACUCCCUCGUUAACGACCGUCCAAUUAGCCCAUUUCCUAAACGUAUAUCAGUGGUGUAUGUUUGUGUAUUAUAAACGCUAUAUGAAAUUAACGUGAAUACGUAAUAUAUGUAUAAAAUAAUGAUAGAAAUUACGAAGCAAUGCUUUCUGUUUGUGAUUGCAAAAACUUUAUAUGGUAAUGUUUCUUUACUAAACUUUUUUUGUAAUAAAUGUCACGGUUGCAAUUUUA